CACCUAUCCAAGGUCAUUUUGUAAACAACUAGCUGUCAAAAAUCUAAUAUUUUAUACUAUUUUUGACUAAUUAGCAGCAACAUCUUGUAAACAGAACAAUGUUGAUCGAAGAUGACCUCUCCAUGUAAUCGUAAAUGGAUUCAGCAUCAAUGUGAAUGACAGAACUACAAAUAAAACAUGAGCUCUGAUCAUGAAUGGGCUUCAAUACACGACAGGGAUCCAAUAAUACACCAAGCUGCUUAUAUUGGUGACUUAUCAAAGCUUAGAUCAUUACUUAAGGAACAGAAGCAAUUGAAAGAUAUCAACUUUAAGAAUCGUCUGGGAUGCACCCCUCUGAGACUGGCAUCAACAGCUGGUCAUACUGCUUGUGUAUCCUACCUCAUUCAAAUGGGAGCUGAGGUGAAUGUCGCUGAUGUGAAAGCCCAGACUCCCCUCUAUGUUGCAGUGAAGAAUAAGCAUAUAGACUGUGUGAAGAUACUGCUAGAGAACAAGGCAGAUCCCAAUGGAAACAUACAGAGCCUCUGUUCACCUUUGUACAUAGCAGCUAUGGAUGGCUUCAUUGAAGGUGUAUUGGUUUUAGUAAAGUAUGGAGCAGACAUGAAUGGAUGCCAAAUCAGCAUGGGAUCUUUCAUCAGUACACCCCUGUACAUAAGUAUAGCAUACCACCAUUUGGAUUGUUUCAAGGCUCUACUUAAAGCUGGUGCAGACCCAGACCAUACCCUCAGGAACACAUCUAAUAAGGGCCACACUAUGCCUCGUCAGUCUCUCUACCAUGCUGUAGUGAGGCACAAUACCGAUAUAGACUAUGCACAGCUGCUAUAUGAUAUGGGUGCAUGUAUUUACGCAGUUGAUGAUAAGAACAGACAGGCAUCAGAAAUGAAUAAGAAGAAUGAAUGUGAAGAGUAUAUAGCUGAAUUAAUGUGUUCACCAAGGUCUCUUGCAUCCUGGUGCAGAAUAAACAUCAGGGAAACAUUAGGAAAGGACCGUCUACAUAGAAUACAUGAGCUACGGCUACCAAGUAAACUCACACAAUAUGUGAAGUUUGAGUAAAUGCCAUCCUCAUUGUUGCUGCCAUCAUAGAAGAUGCCAUCAUUGCUGAUGUCAUCAUUGUCAGUGUCAUCAUUGCUGAUGUCAUCAUUGUCAGUGU